GCAGCUGCAGCAGCUGAACGAGGCGCUGCAGAAGCAGGUGUCCUCCCUGCAGAGCGAGGUGGCAGCCAGCGCCUCAGCCGCGGAGGCGCAGUCGCUGGCUGCCCGCGCCGCCACCGCGCGGGCUGAGGCGGCUGAGGCGCGCAUCAAGGCGCUGGAGCGGGAGGCGGACGGACUGGCGACCGAAGUGGCCACACUGCAGGAGCGACUGGGUCGCGGGGAGCUCAUCCGCUCGGGCGGGCUGCGCGUGCUGCACCUGCGCCACAACCCCGAGGUGGAGGCGCGGCAGGCGGCACGCGAGGAGGCGGUCACGCAGCUCACCGCGGAGAACGAGGCGCUCCGGAACCAGGUGGCCGAGCUGGAGACUGCCAUACAGCAGUUACGUCAGCAGCAGCAACAACAGGAGCAGCAAUCAGGGGGUCCCAUGCAGCCAUCAUCCGAGCCCAUGCAGGAGGCUGCGGUGCCGGCGCACAUCCCUGGCCCGGCGCUGGGUGCGGGUGUGGCCAUCGCGGUAAAGGACGCUGAGAUCACGGUGCUGCGUCGCAAGGUGGAGGAGUGCGAGAAGUCCAUGAGCCGGCUCAAGGCGGUGUUCAAGGAGCGGAUCACCGUGUUCAG